AUGUCAAUCUCAGACUGGCUUGACGACACCAAGAACCCAACCCUUUGGAUCGUCGCCAUCUACCCUCUCUUAAUAUUCCUCCUCAGCUUUGUCUGUUAUAACAGAGUGACAAGCCUGGUGCAGAGUCAACCACUUGCGCCGGACGAAGCACUGAAGAAGAUAGAAGAAAGCGAACGUCCCUCUACCGACGACACUACUAUGGAGUACGACUUAAUCUCGCCAGCAUCUGCGGAUAGUUCGAUGAGAAAGGCAGACAGUACGGAUCUGGCUGGCGUCACCAUCGAGCUGCCCAACCCUCGACAUUCCUUCCCGGACGAGGAAUCUACGACGCACCACAACGUCAAACACGAACCAAAAACAGCCUCUCCCCAUUUUCACCGGGAAUUCCUCAAAGGCAUUCUAUUGUACUGUCUCCAAUUCUUUCUAGCGCACCGGGUGGGAGUUCUGGUUGCUUGGCAAGUGAAAGAGAAACACCGUCUGCUGGAUAUCUUGGUAGGGUUUUUGGCAAUGUUGGCGGUCUCGGUGAUGCUGCUGAUGACUCAGGCGAAUCUGAUCCAUGCCAGACUCGUCACGCUCCGAGGGUAUCGACCAAGGCAAGCUCACGCUCUUCUCAGUGACCCAAAGGACUCUUGGGAAAGACGCCUCACAUUCGCGUGGUUUUCGCUGCUGGUGCCGUGGCUGAGGCUUCUUUAUGGUGUCUAUAUAUGGUGGAGCGUGAGCGAAAAGACUGGAUGUUGA